UUCAACCUCGAGCAAGCUAAUUUUAUAAGAAUCAUCAUAUGACAUUUUGUCUUUUUUUUAUUGUAUGGGAGAGAACAACGUAUAUAUAUGAAAUAUAAAAAUAUUUAGAAAAUAUAUGUAGCCCAUUUGGUCAGUUUUCUUAUCAACUUAUCUAGUCUGUGGAAAGAGAAGCAUUGAAAUGACAAGCAACACCAAAAUGGAUUCGGGUUUUACCAAACAGUUGAUAUUAGCAAUAGCAGCAUGUACACUAGGAUCCUCUUUUCAAUUUGGUUACAAUCUUGGUGUUGUCAACUCCCCAGAAGUGGUAAUGAAGAGUUUUUAUAACGAAUCUUACCAUAGAAAAGAAGGUAAAUAUAUAGAGGAUAGUUUAUUAACGUUGCUAUGGGCGUUAACUGUUGCUAUGUAUGCUGUCGGUGGUAUGAUUGGUGGAGUUAGUGCUGGUUACUGGAGCAACAAAUUCGGCAGGAAAGGUGCUUUAUUACGUAACAAUGUUAUAGCAGUAAUAGCUGCAGGUCUGUUGGGCUUUUCUAAAAUGGCUGAUUCGUAUGAGAUGUUGAUUGCUGGAAGAUUUGUAUGUGGAAUUAACGCAGGAAUAAAUACUGGUAUUGUUCCGUUAUAUCUGUCUGAGAUAGCGCCAAUAGAAUUACGGGGAUUCGCAGGAACUUUUAAUCAAUUAGCUAUUACAAUAGGAAUUGUUAUAUCUCAAGUUUUAGGAUUAGAUUAUAUAUUAGGCACAGAUGAACUAUGGCCGCUAGUAUUAGCUUUAACAUUAGUACCAGUUAUAUAUCAACUAUGUGUUUUAACAUUUUGUUGUGAAAGUCCCAGAUAUCUCAUGUUAACAAAACAUGAUGAGCAAGCCGCAAGGAAAGCUUUAAUAUGGUUCCGAGACUCAGAUGAAAUAAAUAACGAGAUUGAAGAGAUGAGGUCUGAAGCCGAGGAAGAAACACUCAGUAAAAAAUUUUCUGUUGGUGAUUUAAUCCGAACACCAGAACUACGAACACCAUUUAUCAUCAGUAUAGUUUUACAAUUAUCACAACAAUUCUCAGGUGUAAAUGCUGUUGUAUAUUACUCUACUAAUUUAUUCACGUCUGCUGGGCUGUCAAGUAAUAAUGCCGAGUACGCAACUGUAGGAGUUAGUAUGGUUAAUGUAGUCAUGACGUUAGUGUCUGCUUUUUUAAUGGAUCGUCUGGGCAGACGGACACUACAUUUAACAGGACUAGGCGGAAUGUUUAUAUUCACUAUUUUACUUACAGUAUCCAGAAUAUUUCAGCCCACAUAUCAUUGGUUAUCGUUUGUGUGUAUAUCAGCUGUUGUACUAUAUAUUAUUACCUUUGCGUCUGGUCCAGGAUCUAUACCAUGGUUUAUUGUAGCUGAAUUAUUUACACAGGGUCCACGAACAGCAGCUGUUAGUGUAGCUGUACUUGUUAAUUGGUUGUCAAAUUUUGUUGUUGGUUUUGUUUUCCCUAUUCUACAGUCAUCUAUAAAUGAAUACUCAUUCGUACCUUUUGCUGUGAUGCUCGCUGGUUUUUGGUUAUUUACCUAUGUAAUGUUACCAGAAACAAAAGGAAAAACGGUGGAAGAAAUUUCAGCUUUAUUUUUACCCAAAACACCAGCAAGAAGUAUAUCUAUAGAGCGAUUAACACAGUCAGAUUUAAUUAAUAUUUGAUGUAUUUAAUUAAUAGAAGACAAGGAGCUAGUAAUCUAAACCUGUAAUUCUUUCUAGAAAAUGCAUUUCUAUAAGGCCAUAUUAAAAAUAUAUAUUUUGGUUCUCAGCUAAGCCUCGGUCACUUUAAAAGGGCUGCAUCGCCCAUUUUAAUUUAAAAAAUAUAAAAACAUUGACUCCAGAAAAUGUGGGGUAGGCUCAUUUAUCAAGUAUGGAACCCUUAUAAAUGUUAUUGACAAUCAAAAAUAAUGCUGGAUAAUCCGUUACCAUAAACAACAUGAUGAAAUAAAUGAGGGGGUUGGAUGGCCGAAUGGUUAGCACGUGCGCGUUGAAUCAUGUCAUUAGACCUGUCAUUGAGUCAACUGGCGUGGUUUCGAUUCCCCACUUGUACGUGACAAGGAGUAGGGUCGCCUGUCCAACCUCGUGGGUUUUCUCCAGGUCCUCCGGUUUCCUCCCACUGCUAAAGACCACUACGUACAACCGAGUUAUUGAAAAAAAAUUGAACCAUGUGUUAGUCCCAAAAUUACCUGUGUCGAGUGGAGGUUAAACCCCAUUUCAGUCUGUCUGUGUGUCUCUCUAUGAACUAAAUGAUAUGAUUAGAUAAAUGUUUUGUCGCGAAAUAUGUUUACGAGAAGUCAUUUACCCCAGUAGUGAUCCUUUAUGCUAGUUUCACCACUAUCAUGAUUCGUGCUACGAUUAAAAUCGUGGUUUUAAUCGUAAAGUAAUUGUGGUGAUCAUGUCGGUUCUUGUCAUAUAUUGAGGUCGGUCGUAGCAAUUGUGUUGACCGUGUCGGAACAUAUCCGAACGUAUCUGCACGCAGUAGCUUCUGGACUCAACAGGGACAAUCCUACCAUAAUGCAUCACACGACAGUGGGAACCUAGCAUUAACAAAAUAAAAAUACAAAAUUUUUUACUAGGAUUACGUGACAAGGAGUAGAGUCGCCUGUCCAACUUCGUGGGUUUUCUCCGGGUCCUCCGGUUUCCUCCCACUGCUAAAGACCCCUACGAGCAAGUGAAUUAUUGAAAUAAAAUUAAACAUAUGUUAGUCCCGAAAUGACCUAGUUUGUGUCAAGUGGACUUUAAACCCCAUUUCUCUCUCUCUCUUUUAGUAAGUGUUGUCUGAAAACCAGAAUAUUUUUGUGUAUGGCCUAAGUUUUAUUGUCUGCUAUAUGAAGGCCACACCAAUUGAUAAUUUAUUUUCUUCAGGCCAGGAACACCUAUUAGAAUAUUUUGUAAUAUUUCUUAAAGCAUUUGCUUCCAUAUUUGUAAGUUUUAAAAUUUUAAACAAAACAUUUGUUGAUAAGGCUUGUGUGGCUGUUUAUUUGUCAAGACUCUCUGAAGACCCACAAAUUAAAUUGCUUUGGUCUAAUCGUACAUUUUUCAUUUUUAUUGGAAAUAUGUCGUGCCACUUUGAUCUCAUCUAUAAAUAAAACAUAAUGAUAUUUAUUUUGUAAAUGUUUUUAUUUUAUUUUUUUGAAUAACCUCAA